UUGCAAACGACUUCGGCUGAGGUAACAACGGUGCCUUCUGUGGAUACCUCUGAACAACUGUGGAGCACUGAAUCGAUUGAAAGUAGUCACGAGACGAUACAAGCAACGAUUCUCUGGCAAAACGAAAAUCCGUGUGAGUUACCUCCACAUGCUGGAACUCCUGGAGGUGUUGCUCAAAAAAUGUGGCAUUUCGACGAAUCAGUAAUGACGUGUGCUCCAUUUGUCUUUCUUGGUACUGGUGGCAAUGCGAACCGAUUUGUUGAUUCCGAAACCUGUAUGCGAACCUGUGGAAGCGGAAAACCCACUCGUGCUUCAUGUGAGCUGCCUUCACAAUUCGGAAACGGAACCUUUAAAAUACCGCGGUACUAUUUUGAUAAGGUAGGUUUCUAA